AUGGCGCCCCGGCGGCCGGCUGAGCUGUACCGGGCGCCGUUCCCGUUGUACACCGUCCGCCUCCACCCGCGGCGGCCGCUAGCCAUCACUGCCGGCGGCGGCGGCGCCGCCAAGACAGGCAUCCGCAAUGGCGUGCACUUUCUGCAGCUGGAGCAGAUCGGGGGGCAGCUCAGUGCCUCCCUACUCCACUCUCAUGACACCGAGACUCGAGCCACCAUGACCAUGGCAUUGGCCCACGACGACAUCAUUGCCGCAGGGCAGGAUGCCAGCUGCCACAUCCUCCGCUUCAGCCUGCAGCCACCCGAAGCCAAGAGCAGCUCAGGCGGCCAGAAUGGCAGUGGGGAGAAGGGGCCACGGAAGCGGAAGGGUCCCAGCCCAGUGGGGCAGGGUGACACACAGAGUCAGACAAGUGAGGUGAUGGUGGAGAGUCUGCACAGUGUCCGGACAGAUUUCAGCCCUGAUGCCCUGCAGAAGGCUGUCCGCUUCAACGCUGACUGCUCUCUGCUUGUCACCGGUGGUGCCGAUGGCUUCCUUCGCCUCUGGGAGUUCCCCAGCAUGAAGAAAACACUGGAGUUCAAAGCCCAUGAUGGGGAGAUUGAAGAUAUCGCGCUGGGCCCUGACAACAAGGUGGUGACAGCAGGACGGGACUUCCAGUGCUGUGUGUGGCAGCAGGACCAGCUGGUGACAGGGCUACACUGGAAUGAGAACCUGCCUGGCAUACCUGACAAGGCUUACCGCUACCAAGCCUGCCGGUUUGGGACCGUGGAAGACAAUGCUGGACUGCUGCGGCUCUACACGGUGCAGGUGCCCCACAAGCGAGAACGCCGCCCCCCACCCUGCUAUCUGACCAAAUGGGAUGGGAAGAGCUUCCUGCCUCUGCUGACCCGACCCUGCGGCAGUGAGGUCAUCUCCUGCCUCUCCAUCAGUGACUCGGGUACCUUCCUGGGGCUGGGCACAGUGACAGGAUCUGUUGCCAUCCACAUUGCCUUCUCACUGCAGAGGCUGUACUAUGUGAAGGAGGCACAUGGCAUUGUGGUGACAGAUGUGGCUUUUGUCCCCGAGAGCCAGCGUGGGCGGGAGCUGCUGGCAGGGAACGAGGCUGCCCUGCUCAGUGUCGCUGUGGACAGCCGCUGCAAGCUGCACCUGCUACCCAGCCGACGCUCCCUCCCUGUCUGGCUGCUGCUGCUGCUCUGUGCUGGGCUCAUUGUGGCCACCAUCCUGCUGCUCCAGCUUGCCUUCCCAGGGUUCCUGUAGGUCACAGCCUCCCCUCAGCACUAAGACUCCCCUGAGGCUGGCCAGCCUCUGCUAUACCUUGGCCCACCCUAAGCAGACUGUGAAGCAGAUAAGGGACCAGCCCCAGCCCUG